AUGUCCCAAAGUCUGAAGAGCCAGAACACAGACAUGAGCGACAGUGGCUGCAGGGAUCCUGUGGGAGCCCCAGAGGGGGCAGGUGACAGGGGUGAAGCUGAUGCACACCUGGAGAGCAGCUCUGCAGCGCCCCCAGAGGGGGCAGGUGACAGGGGUAAAGCUGAUGAACACCUGGAGAGCAGCUCUGCAGCGCCCCCAGAGGGAGCAGGUGACAGGGGUGAAGCUGGUCAGGAACUGCUUGCUGUAGACUCUACCGAUGGCCAGAGUCUGGGCCAUUCCAACGCAGGCCCAGGGAGCCAGGAUUCACUGAGGAGACGACUGCCUGUGCCUGAGGCUGGAAGUCAUGAAGAGGAGACAGAGUUGGUGGAGGAAAAGCAAGAGGUUGCACAGGAUACGUUGGGAAAGACUGAUAAAAAGAGUCUCUGGACCUAUGGUUCCGUGUUUCUCGGCUGCCUGAUUGUGGCUGUUGUGCUAAGCUCCGUCAACAGCUACUAUUCUUCCCCAGCCCAGCAGGUGCCCCAGAACCCAGCUUUGGAGGCCUUCCUGGCUCAGUUUGGCCAACUGAAGGAGAAAUUCCCAGGUCAGAGUUCCUUCCUGUGGCUGCGAGGGCGUAAGUUUCUCCAGAAGCACCUCAAUGCCUCGAGUCCCCGUGAGCCGGCCACCGUCAUCUUCACAGCUGCUCGAGAGGGCAAGGAGACCCUCAAGUGCCUGAGCUACCACGUCGCCAACGCCUACACCUCUUCCCAGAAGGUGACUGCCGUCUCCAUAGACGGAGCCGAAAGGGCCCUGCAGGACAGUGACACAGUCAAGCUGCUGGUCGACUUGGAGCUUAGCAAUGGGUUUGAGAAUGGCCAUAAGGCUGCUGUGGUCCACCACUUCGAAUCCCUUCCUGCGGGCUCCACCCUGAUCUUCUACAAGUACUGUGACCAUGAGAACGCCGCCUUUAAAGAUGUGGCCCUUGUCCUGACCGUCCUGCUGGAGGAGGAAACGUUAGAAGCAAGUGUAAGCCCCAGGGAAAUAGAAGAAAAGGUGAGGGAUUUACUCUGGGCUAAGUUCACCAACUCUGAGAGCCCCACCUCCUACAGCCACAUGGACUCAGACAAACUGAGUGGGCUCUGGAGCCGCAUCUCCCACCUGGUGCUGCCCGUCCAGCCUGUCAGAAACAUAGAAGAGCGAGGCUGCCUUUUGUGAAGCCAGUCACAGAGGUGACAUGGAAGGGCCAUGUCUCAGGGCUCUGUCCUGCUAGGAGGUGACUGGCAUGUGAGAGGAAACAGCUGGGAGGCCGUCACUGUGUUAGAAAAGAAGCUUUUUUUCUUUGACUUUUUAAAAACCUUUCUAGUCUGAACUUUGAUAAAACUAACAAUUGGCCUGAUGUUUUUCUUUGUUUUUUUUUUUUUUUUUUUUUUUUUUUUAAUUUUUUUUUUACAUAAUUUCCUCAAUUACAUUUCCAAUACUAUCCCAAAAGUCCCCCAUAGCGCCCCCCACUUCCUUUCUUUGUUUUUUAAGGCCAAUCGGGGUUAAAAUACAACAUGAUGUAUUGUUUAAGUGUCCAGCACAUCAGUAGAAUAGAAUCGUUGCACAGGAAGAUCUGAUUCUCCAGGGAUCUGCAGCCCCACUGCUGCCUGCAAGGACUCUCACCAGCCUCUAGGGCAGUGCUUGGACCUGGACGAGGUGUCAUGUGAAUGAUUUUAGAGAACUCUUCUACUACAUAUUAAGUGCUUUUUCAUAUUCACUUUUUUUGUUUUUUUUUUUUUUUCUGAGGCAGGGUUUCUUUUGUGUAGCCCUGGCUGUCC